AGCCAUCCUGUGGCAUCCACUAUAAAAGUGGUGACUACCCGUUCAGCAAACAUCAGAUUCCCUUCAACCAUCUCAGGUGAAGUUUAAUCUUGUGAUACCAACACACACACACACACAUCUUAUCAACAUGAAAGUCGCUAUCGUAUUCCUGGCCAUCGUAGCCGUCGUCCUGGCCGAAGCCCCCGCUGAGGAACCCAAAGAGACUUCAGCUGCCGCCCCUAAGGAGAAACGCGGCAUCCUUGGAAGCUACGGAUACGGAUAUCCUUACCUGAGCGGAUACCAUGGUGUCAGCGACUACGGAUACCACGGUCUGGGAUACCACGGUUUGGGAUACCAUGGUCUGGGAUACCCCUACUACGGCGGAUAUGGAUACUCAGCCCCUCUCUACUCCAAGUCUUACUACCAUGCUCCUAUUGUCAGCAAGUCGGUGGUUCUCCCUUCAUACAGUCUGCCCUACAAAUAUUCCUCAUACCAUGCCGCCCCUUACUACCCAUACUUUCAUUGAGUAAUAUUACAAUAAUCAGUUAAUUUUUCACUUAUCAUACCAUACUGUUCCACAAGACCUUUCUAGAACUGACAAUACUUAGUUCGUUUUUUAUAUUGUAUAUUGCCAUAAUGUUCAAUACUUCCUUGGAGUACUCACAAUGCUUAGUUCGUUUUUGCUUAUUCAUUUAUUCAUAUGUAAAUACAAUUAAAGUAAAAAACAGGCAAAACAGGAUGUUGUAUCAUAACAUACUGUUCCAUACUCUCAUUAAGUAUCGACAAUACUUAGUUCGUUUUUUAUAUUGUAUCAUACUAUACUGUUCCAUACUCCCAUUAAGUAUUAACACUACUUAGUUCGUUUUUGAUAUUGUGUCAUACUGUUCCAUAUCAUCAUUAAUAAUUGGUCAUAUUUAGUUUGUUCUCAAUCCAUACUGUUUCAUACCAUACAUACUCAUGUUAAUACUUGACAAUACUUAGCUUGUUCUAGUUUUCUAUCAUGGUGCUCCAAACUACUAUUGAGCUCUGAUAAUAGGUUGUUUCCAGUACAGUUUUAGUUUCAUUUUCCAAUAGAUGAUCUCUAGUACUUGAUUAUUUCAUCAUGAAUAGUUUUUGAUAUGAACUUCGUAUCUCUCAAAAUCUCUCCAUCAUUGCUUCCAGUUAUCAAUCAGUUUAUCACAUCAGAAGGAAAUGACUUUAUAUUGUUUAGACCACUAAUUUAUCAAAACAAUUUGAGAUAUAGAAUAGAACUAUAGUACACUUUGAAAUUAAUAAAAUAAUAAAACAAUAAUACAAAUUGUAACGUAUCUACUAGUUUCGGUGAUCACAAUUUGAGAUAGUUUGUGUUGUGAUACCAUUAUUUAACAAUAACUCAACAGCCAGUGAACAAGUUUACUAGACAUUGAAAUGGUGUGAAAAUAGAAGUUUGUAUCUGAAAUUGUUUUAAUAGGCCUAAAUGAGUGGUUUUCACAAUAUCAAGUCAUUUUCAGCUAGUAUCUUGUUUUCAUCUAUCACAACAUUAUCUUCACAAUUACACAGAAAGUUUAUCAUAUAUUAUGAUAACUUAUAGCUCCUGUAGUUUUCAUAUCUCAUGAAUUUAACUUCUCUGUACUAUACAAUUAUCUUAUCAAAUCUCAUUCCUUCUUUAUAAUCUUGUCUACGUCUUCGUAUUGUCAUUAUCAAUGUACAUUUUUCGUUCUCCAUCGAAUCCAUUUCUUCUGUAUUGUAAAUCUCAUUAUUAUAUUCCUGUCUUCAUCUCUUAGUCAAACUUCAGUCUUGAAGACUUGAGUCAUUCUGUUGUAACUUGAACCAAAAAUUACUACGAUGUUACCAUUAAUUUUAAUGUUUAUUAUUAAUAAAGUUACAAUUUAGUACUGUA